AUGGCGAUCGGCGUGGUGGAGGAGCAAGAGGUGAUGGCUGGAAUGUAUAAUUUGAGAAAUGCUGAGAAUAGUGGCACAGGAGAAGAAACAACUGCUAACGCAGCAGCGGCAACGGCAGCGACGGCGGCAACGGCGGCUAUUACUGGACCAACCAAUACUAUGCAGAAAUUCUCUGGAGAUAGAGGACCCCCUACAGCUGACACUUGGGUCCAGAAAUGUGAGAUGGUGUUUGGUCGUAUGCAGUUCACCAAGGUCCAAAAACAAGAGUUAGCUACACAUCAGCUAGAGAGUGCAGCCCUAUUUUGGUGGAACUCGUGGAAGGAAGGUCUAGAUUUGAUGACUUUGGCUUGGUUAAAUUUUAAGACUCGUUUUGACCGGAAGUUUGUUCUAGCUACCAUUCGGUCUCAGCUGAGUGAUGAAUUUUUGAAGCUGACUCAAGAGGGUCGAACAGUGAUCGAGUAUGUCACUAAGUUUAAUGAGUUGUCUCGUUUUGCCCCUUACUUGGUUGACACGCAGGAGAAGAAGAAUGAGAAGUUUAUUAAGGGAUUAAAUCAUUACCUGUCUAAGUCCCUUAUUCCCUUUGAUGCUGAACCGCUUUAA